UUUCUCAGUCACCACCACUCGGCUCGUAAACCAAAGAGAUGGUCACCAGGCAGGCCGGUCGGUACCCCCCUCUUUACGGCACGGCGCGCGCGUAGGCGCGGGCACCGAGGUCACUCACCGAGGCGGACGCGGCGGUGCCCGCGAGCAAGCCGGAGUACGCCGAGGCGCGCCCGCGCGCGCUCGGCCCCCGCCGGGCACCACGGCUCGACGCGACCCCCGCCGGGCCGAGCUCUUCCGGCGGCUCGACGCCGCCUGCGACGCACGCCGCGGCGAACCGCCGUCAUCCUUGCAUUUCGGUCCGUCUCCUUCGCCGCCGCCAGAGGCUCCCGUGGAGGACGACCAGCCCAUCUGGCCGCCCCGCAGCCGCUACUGGGAGCGCUACAAGACCUUAAGAAAUAUGGAGUCAAACCUGGAAAAUUUCGUCAUCAGUCCUACUGAGAACUCUGUGUCUCCACCAUCUAGGAAGAGACAAAAGACAUUUGAUAAAGAUGGUGGCCAGUGUGAUGAUGCAUCACAUCAAAUAGUCAUUUAUAAGAAUGACAAAAGUGAUAGGGGACAAGAUGAACAGAGUGGAAGCCAUUUCUCACUUGAACCAUUGAAGCCAUCAAAGACAUCAAAGCGUGCAUCAGUGAAGAUUGGAGCCUUUGCUGCUCAAUGUGCUAAAUGCCAGAAAUGGAGACUUAUUUCAACAAAAGAGAAGUAUGAAGAAAUUCGAGAGCGAAUUCGAGAAGAUCCUUUUGUCUGUGAAAAAGCCCGUGAGUGGAAGCCUGAUGUGACAUGCAAUGAUCCAUCAGAUGUAUCUCAGGACGGCAGCAAGCUUUGGGCAAUUGAUAAACCUGACAUCGCACAGGCCCCUCAAGGAUGGGAAAGGUUAAUUAAGAUAAGAGGAGAAGGAAGCACCAGAUUUGCUGAUGUGUACUAUAGGUCCCCUACUGGAGUUCAACUGAGAUCAACGAAUGAAGUUGAGAAGUACCUCGCAGAGCAUCCAGAAUACAUUGCACAAGGUGUGGAGUUAUCUCAUUUUUCAUUCAAGUCACCUGCACCACUAAAAAAGGACUAUGUUAGAAAGCGUUCCCAGACAAGCCAAAGUGGUGUCACACAUACAGGAUCAAGUAAUCUUCUCCAACUGGAAGAAGUGCAACCCAUCUCCUGGGCAGCUCCACCGGAGAACAACAAGCAGAUGGUGAUCUACAAUGAAGAUCAGCCUGAAGUGGUACCAUCUGAACUGCGGGAGCCAACGAGGCCUGGGAGCCCGCCUCCCGCGCCGGCCGUCUAGCCCAACAACCCUGCAUCCGGGAUGCCCAGUGUCUGACUUUUGGACGGUGUUCGAGUUCAGUGAUGCAAAACUACAGAUGGUGCUUUUACUAGUAGGACUGAAAAAUUAAAAACUUAGGUCCCCGUAGGCCGUAGCAUAGCUAAGGUAGCGCCGUGUUCAUGCUGCUGUUACUGGUUGGUUGUUUUGGACGGGCACCAGGAUCGGACAGGCGUGGUGUUGCCUUCGACCGACCGGCCGCUGCCUGAACGCUGGCCUGGCGAUCGGUGCUGGUCUCGGUCUGAUGAUGAUGAGACUGGAGAGAUUUUGGGACGGCAAGAACGCGUCGUCUAGCUUAUAGUCGGAAGGCUUGAGACUUGGGUUGGAUUAAUUGCUGGCAGUCUGGCACCCCAUGUCUCUGGACUCUGGAGUUGACGAUGUUGUGUAGUGCUGUUUGCUUGAUGAGCA